CUCCCUUUACACCACGUCCAUGAAGCCGUCUACAUCUUCCUUGUUCAGCACCCUCUGCUGCCAACAUCAGCCACCCUGCAGGAAGGGAGACCCCUGGGUCAGAAUAUUUCAGGGACCCCUCUAAAUGAGGCCAGAAGGAUGCACAAUAAACAAUCUCAUACUCCGCAGACUUUCCCCUCCUGACUUAAACCACUAAUACUGACCCUCCAGGCAACCAGUUCUUGGCUAAUCAUAAUGCAACUGUAUCAAAGUGUUCUGCCUAGCAACAAAUGAUGCAGAAGUCUUCAGUCUUGAUUGGUUAACAGUCUGAAGAUGGUCCCAAUCUCAGGGCAGCUGGAGAGUUAUCUAUUCUUUGUGAACUUUUUUUUUUCUUUCAGUUGUGUGGAAGACAGCUCCAUUCUAAAAAGGCUCAUCAACCUCUUUACUGUCUCGUGUGCCCUCCAGAAUGGGUGCUGGGAGGGUCCCCUGGGUAGUGGUUCUCCUAGUGAACCUCGUGAGGCCGGAUUCCUUCAUGUCUGAAGGCAGAGACUCCCCAGAGGACUUUGUGAUUCAGGCAAAGGCAGACUGUUACUUCACCAACGGGACAGAGAAGGUGCGCUUCGUGGUCAGGUUCAUCUUCAACCUGGAGGAGUACUUACACUUCGACAGUGACCUGGGGAUGUUUGUGGCGCUGACUGAGCUGGGGGAGCCUGAUGCUGAGCAGUGGAACAAACGCUGGGACCUCCUGGAGCGGAGCAGAGCCUCUGUGAACAUGGUCUGCAGGCAGAACUACAGGCUGGGGGCCCCCUUCACCGUGGGGAGAAACGUGCCGCCCGAGGUGACAGUGUAUCCAGAGAGGCCCCCGCUGCUGCGGCAACACAACCUGCUGCUCUGUUCUGUGACAGGCUUCUACCCCGGGGACAUAAAUGUUGGGUGGUUUCGGAAUGGACAGGAGGAGAGGUCUGGGGUCAUCUCCACUGGCCUUGUGAGGAACGGAGACUGGACCUUUCAGAUGACAGUGAUGCUGGAAAUGACCCCAGAGCUUGGUGACAUUUACAGCUGCCUUGUGGAGCACCCCAGCCUCCAGAGCCCCAUUUCUGUGGAGUGGGUGGCUCGGUCUGAAUAUUCGUGGAAAAAGAUACUGAGUGGAGGCGCAGCGUUCCUGCUUGGGCUGAUUGUCUUCCUGGUGGGGGUUGUUAUCCACCUCAAGGCUCGGAAAGCAUCUGUGGAGACCCGGUCAGGUGAUGAGGUCUCAAGAGCCACCUCAUCCCCAGUAAGAUCCUAAUGGAAGCUUCUCCCACAGAGACUGAAGAAGUGUCAGAAGUCCGGGGCCCUGGGGUGGGUAAAGAACAGUGCUCUAGA